AUGCCUCGCAUCGCCGAGCUCGGACUCGAGCUCAACGGGGAGGAGCUCGCGGCCUUCGAUGCGCGCGUACGGACACUGGACCACUUCCUCUCUACGCCAGUCCAGGAGCUCGAAGUCAGGGCCGGGCCGUCGAACAAGGACGUCACAGAGAAGGUGGUCGCGACCAUGCUGCGCGCCGUCGAGCAGCACGUCGCCCCGCAGCCCACGAGCGGCACUCAGCUCAUGGAGAUGCUAGCCAAGGAGUGUCGGCUGCUGCCGACGGGGUGCCGCACGGUCGACGCGCUCCUGCACGGCGGCCUCCGCGAGGGGCAGCACACGGAGGUCAUCGGCGGGUCCGGCACGGGCAAGACGCAGCUCUGCCACAUGGCCGCGGUGUCCACGGCGGCGCGCGGGGAGCGGGUGGUCUACAUUGACACCGCGGGGCAGUUCUCCGCAACACGCGCCGCGCAGCUGCAGCCCGCAGCAGCCGCCGCCGCCGCCGCGUCGUUCCCGAAGGACCCCGCGACGGGCCAGCCGCGCCCGCCGACGGUGGAAGAGACCCUCGGCCUGAUCCAGGUGCACCGGGCGCACGACGCGUACGCGGUGCUGGCCGCGCUGGAGAGCGUCAUCGUGCAGGAGAUGCAGCCGCUGCCUGAGGACGUCCGGGGGGAGAAGAUUGCGCUCAUCGUGGUGGACUCCCCGACGACGACGCUGAUGCCCGGGUCCGGCGGCGGGAGCCAGAUGGGGCAGGCGAUCGGGGCGUCGCUGGGGCGGCUGCUGCGGCACAUCGCGGACGCCGGCGCGCUGGCGGUGCUGACGACGAACUGGACGACGCAGGAGGACCGAGCGUGGGGGGGUCACGGCGGGGGGGGAAGUGGGGAGCCGGAGUGGAUGACGCACCGGGGGGCGAUGGGGGAGAGCUGGCGGGCGCAAGCGGCGGUGCGGGUGCACUUGGCGCGGGAGGGCGACAACAGGGAGGACGCGGCCGUGUCGAUGGUGCUGACGCAGAGCCCGCUGUACGCGCCGCUGGUGGGCGGGGUCGCGCGGUUCCGAAUACGGCCGGAGGGGCUCGUGGGGAUCGACGGCUAG